GAGCGCCGCCUGACGGACACCACCAUGGGCGACGACACGACGAGCGCCGCGCCUCGCACUGGAAGCCCAGGCACCGUGCUCCUGGCGCUCCUCGCCUUCCUCUACGUGGGCAGCGCGGCGGGUGCGGCGCUGGACGAGUCCACCACCAUGGCCGACGAGCGCCGCCUGACGGACACCACCAUGGGCGACGACACGACGAGCGCCGCAGCUCGCAGUGGCGCCCUUGGCACCAUGCUCCUGGCGCUCCUCGCUUUCCUGUUCGUGGGCAACGCGGCUGGGGCGGCAGUGGACGAGUCCACCACCAUGGCCGACGAGCGUCGCCUGACGGACACCACCAUGGGCGACGACACGACGAGCCCCGCGGCCCCCCGCGCGGCGUUCCGGACGGCGCCGCUGUUCGCCCUUGCUGCGGCGCUCGGUCUUGCAGCCCAUCGCUAA